UUCACAAACAAUUUUUUUUUUGUUUAAGAAUGAAACUAUUGAUUUACCUUGUUGUGUUCUUUCAGUUCUUUGAUGGUUUCAAAGCCAACAGAGUUACAACAGAUUCUCUGAUUCGAGAUGCUUGCAAGAAAGCUUCAAAAUAUGCGGACCCACAUUACUACAAGUUCUGCAUUGCGUGUAUCAGUGAAAAUCCAGAGAGUAAGAACGUGAAAAAUAUUGAUGAAUUGAUAAUGGUUGGAGUAAAAAUUGCUAUUGCGAACAUGACGAACCUGAAAGGAAUUGUGGAGAAGAUUUUGAAGGAGAGAAAGUAUAAGAGUAAAUUGACUGGGAAGCUCUUGCGCGAUUGCGUUAAGCUUUAUUCUGAGGGCAAUGACUCAUUAACAAAAUCUUUAGAGUAUCUCAAGCUACGGGAUUACAUGAAAGUCUCCACUAAAAUUGAUAAUGUAAAAGCUAUUCCGAGAGUUUGCGAAAUGGGAUUCAAUGACGAUAAUAAACAGAAAUCUCCGGUGAAAAAUGAGAACGAUGUUCUCUACGACGUCAUCGACAUGGCUCAGUAUUUUAAUUAUAAUGCCCAUUUAGAGCCGCCGCCUAUGUAGAGUGUCUAGCCAAACAGUACGUCGUCGGUUUUAAUUAGGUGGUGAUGCUUUUUUGUUAUGAAAUUAUAAAAGAAUGAGUUAAUGAAGAAAAUAUGAGGUCAUACAUAUAUUUAACUUUCAUGGGGAUAAGAAUGGAUCUAAGAUGGACCAUUUCAA